AAACAAAGAAAUCCGCCGAGUUUUUGUCUUGGUUCGGUACAGCCCGGCCGUGGCACGCACGGACGGCGGGUGACGUGGUACAAAGAAAUCCUUUUCCUUCUUCCUUCUCCCUUUCCUCCACGAAGCCGAUCCAAUCUCCUCUCCGCCCCUCGUAGAUCCGAUCACCAGCGAGGUUCGGAUUUGAGGGAGGGAAAGGAUGGGGGCGUGGAUGUCCCGGGUGUGGUUUCUCAUGUUCCCGUCCAAGGAGUACAAGAUCGUGGUCGUGGGGCUCGACAACGCCGGAAAGACCACCACGCUCUACAAGCUCCACCUUGGCGAGGCGGUCACCGCCGCGCCAACCAUCGGCAGCAACGUCGAGGAGGUCGUGUUCAAGAAUAUACGCUUCGAGGUGUGGGAUCUAGGAGGACAAGAGAGCCUACGCACUUCAUGGGCGACAUACUAUAGAGGAACUCAUGCUGUCAUCGUGGUAAUCGACAGCACCGACCGUGCUCGGAUCAACAUCAUCAAGGAUGAGCUCUUCCGGUUGAUUCAGCAUGCAGACCUUGACAACACGGUGGUCCUUGUGUUUGCAAACAAGCAGGAUCUCAAGGAUGCCAUGUCGGCGGCUGAGAUCACAGACGCCCUGUCCCUCCACAGCAUAAAGAACCACGACUGGCACAUACAGGCCUCGUGCGCGAUCACUGGUGAGGGCCUCUAUGAUGGGAUGGGAUGGAUAGCCCAGAAAGUUGCCGGAAAGGCCACCGCAAGCUGACCACAAAAACAUUGUUUUGGUGAAUUUGUUGGAAAAGGGAGGCAGGAUGGGUUUGUUUGUUCUUGCCAUUUCGGUGUUUAUUUAUGUUGUUAAAUAUGUGAGAACUGUGUACUCCCACCGAUCUGAAUAUAAAAAGCCAAAUUUGCAAGGCA